AUCACCUUCAAUAAUACCUACCUACUUGAUUCAGCCUGUUCGGAAAACCAGGUCGCAAACAUCACCACACAAUUUCUCCCCAGUCCAUCUACACUACGGUAAACUGUGGGUAGAUAGCUAGCUAUUGUUUUGAUGUCAAACUACAUAGCAAAUGCCUAUUAACUUAUCCCUUCCUAUUUUCUACUUACAAAGUACCUUGUUUCCCCGAUGAGUGCUGUUUCAUUGCUUGCCUGUUGGUAUUGAUUCCUUUCUCGGCGAAUCCUUGGUGAUUCAACUUCCUCCUUCGUCCAGCGUCGAAUCUUAACCUCUGUCUUUGAACAACACCUUUCGAUAUGGCUCCGCUUUGGGGCUCCUCGUGGUCCUCUACAUGGGGCUCUCUAUCUGGAUAUAGGGCCGUUCAGAAUAGCGAACAGAACACAAUCCCAGGCUCUGCUACCGACUCCUCCCACCUCAAACCCAGCAUCGGCCAGAUUUUAAGUUCGAAGCGAGUGCGCUACGCUACGUUUUCCCUCGCUGCCGUCGGCAUAUUCCUACUUGGCUUCCGAAACUACGAUCGUCUCCCAUCUAUCGAGAGUUUGCGAAGCGGUGGUGCUGCCGCCGUCGCCGGUGCCAAUUCAAAUUGUCCUCCCGCAGUUGUACCGGCAUUCGAAGAUGCGCAAGUCAACUGGUCGCAGUUUGCCUACACGCAAUAUGUCACUAACGCUGCAUAUCUAUGCAACUCGGUCAUGAUCUUCGAGACUCUAUCCCGCCUCGGUAGCAAGGCUGAUCGCGUCAUGAUGUAUCCCGAGAACAUGAUGGACGCUGGCGAGACGAACCCAACGUCGGAAGAGGCCAGGUUGCUCGCUAAGGCCCGGGACGAGUACAAGGUUAAGCUAGUGCCCGUAGAGAUUAAACGACGGGCCGGCGGUGACGCUACCUGGGCCGAAUCUUUCACCAAGCUUCUUGCAUUCAAUCAAACUCAAUACACCCGUGUCUUAAACGUCGACUCGGAUUCAACUAUUCUCCAGACCAUGGACGAGUUAUUCCUCAUGCCACCGUGCCCUGUUGCUAUGCCUCGUGCCUACUGGCUAUUUCCAGAUAACAAGAUUUUAUCGUCUCAGUUGAUGUUAGUGCAGCCCAGCGCGGUUGAGUUUAGCAGGAUCAUGGAGAAGAUGGAAUCUGCCGGGCGCAACGAUUACGAUAUGGAAAUUGUAAACCAGCUAUACGCAGACAGCGCUAUGAUUCUCCCGCAUCGUCCUUACGACUUGUUGACGGGUGAGUUCCGUGGGGAUAACCACCAGAACUAUUUGGGUACCGACCAGGAAGAAUGGGAUCCUGUUGCCAUUUAUAACGAAGCCAAGUUCCUUCACUUCUCCGACUGGCCCGUGCCAAAGCCGUGGAUCCCGAUGACUGACUCGAUGCGACAAGACAAGCAGCCUAAAUGUGAGACGAAGAACGGCCAAGAGGACUGUUCAGCCAGAGAAUUGUGGAACGGGUUUUAUAAUGAUUUCACGGAGCGGCGUGCGAGGGUUUGCAACGCCGGAAGGAAAGCUAGGCGAUAAAUCAGGAAUGUCGAGUGUUCCGUUUGGGUCGUUGGUUUGUGUUCUAAUAUUGAAUAACUCGAGUUGUAUUUUACGUGGCAUGAAAUGUUAUAGAUACCAGCAUUGAAUAACUAAAGCGCUUUUACUUUCACAAAAGUUGAUAUUACAGCAGGUCUAUUUAGAUGUUACCUGUUUAACGAAACCCGCUCAACGUCGGCAGGUGUUGCCACUAAAGGCCCCUCAGGGGUAAUGGUGUUAUUGUAUUAUAAUGGUCGAAGCUUGGAUGGACAAUAAGUUCCAUCUAACAUUCACUAACAAUUAUCUCGAGGACAGUGGAGAGGAUAAUUAUUCACCACUUUCAAGGUGGUCCUCCGUUGCCCUCAGGAAUACUGCUUUAUUAUU